AUGCGCAUCCGCUACGGCCCGUCCCUGCUCCUCGCGGCAGCCUCGACGCUCUUGCUCUCCGCGUCCGCGCAGGUGACUACGACGAUCGACUCGACGAUUACAGUGACGGGGUGUGGCUGUACUGAGGAUCCGACGUACUCAGAAAACCCGCCGGCUCCGCCACCGGUGACGGAUACGAGUACAAGUACCACCACUUCGACUACUACUAGUAUUACGACGACAAUGCAGGAGCCGACUACUGAUUCGACUACGACGACGACGACGACGACGACUACUAGUACAACAACCACUGAGGACCCCACUACUACUACGACUACGACUACUACAACUCCAACUCCUCCAAUCACCGAUUCCACGACCACAACUACUACUAGUACGAGCACUUCCACGACGACUACUGAGGACCCGACCACAUCUACGACGCCUACUACGACUACUACGACUACUACGAGUAGUACUACUACUAGUACCUCGACGACAACUACCGAGGACCCAACCACAACCACAACUACAACGACCACCGAGGACCCGACUACAUCUACGACGACCACGACGACCACUUCUAGUACCGGGUACGCCACUAACCCUCUGCCGGUAACCACACCGACAACCACAGUCAUAAUCACCAGUACGGGGACCUGCAAUGCAAUCCCGCCGCCAGCUGGCGAGACUCAGACAGUCACCGUCACCGACACAGUAACCGGUCCACCGGGCCCAGGCCAAACACAGAUUGUGACCGUAACCGCGCAGCCUGAACCCGGGCCGCCGGUUACGAUUACGAACACGCAGGAGAUCCCGGUCCCCGGCCCGACGGUUACGGCUACCGCGACCUACUGCGGCGAGCAGCCUGGGCCUGAGCCACCGGUAACAAUUACGAAUACACAGGAGAUCCCGGUCCCCGGCCCAACGGUUACGGCUAACGCGACCUACUGCGGCGAGCAGCCUGGGCCUGAGCCUGUCACUGUUACUGCUAACGUCACUGUGACGGAGACUGAGACGCAGACGACGACUCUGCCGCCGAGUACGAUUGUCGAGACGACGACGACGACUGUUACGGGCGAGCCGGAGACUAUUACUGUUCCUGGGCUGAACACGACUGUUACCGAGACGGAGACGGUCACUCAGGAUGGAAGUACAGUGACGAUCCCCGGCUUGCAGACGACAGUUACCGAGACCAUCACUGAGGGUGGAAGUACAGUCACGGAAACAGUGACCUCCGCUGGAGGUACAAUCACCGAAACCGUCUCGGGCCCCGGAACGACCGUCACGGAUACGGUCACUGGAGAUGGAAGCACGAUUACUCUUGAGGUCCCUGGACCUAUUACCACGGAGCCGGGGACUACGAUUGUUCAAACGACGACCGUCACGGGGCCGACUUUGGUGGAGACUGUGCUUGUUACUGAGAUUGUUACGACGACGGUUGUUGGCCCCGGCACGACUUCGAUCAUCACCCGGACAGAAGUCACAACCCUUCCUGCGACUACACUACCAGGCGAAACCGUAAUUAUCCCUCCAACAACACUACCAGGGGAAACCCUAAUCAUCCCCCCAACAACGCUCGCCGGAGAAACGGUCACCGUCACUGGAACAGCCACAGAAACCCUCUCCAUCUGCCCAUCCCUAACCGUAAACCCCACAUACACCCCUCCCGCCCCCCUGCCCACAGACUACACCUGGGGCUGCCCGCCCGCCCACCUCUGCCGCCCCAAACACCUCGACGUGAUCGGCGGGUGCAACCUCGAAGCCGGGCUCCCCGCAGAAAGCUACGUCUGCAGCCCCGACGAGUGCAUCGAGUCGCCGCCCUACAUCGAGGACCAGUACUGGGGCGAGCCGGUGACUUCGGAUGAGGUUUCCACGUACAAUGUCUCCAAGUAUUACUUCAAUCUCGACCCGGAGAUUUUCGGGUUGAAUUAUUCGAUUUUCAGACUUCCCGAGGGCGAGCGCGCGAGGACGGUGCAUUACAAGAAGGCGCUGCUGGACUAUUCAAUCACGGAUAUCAAGGGCACCGGCAGACGACCCCUCCUCCCGCGCCAGCAAGACCCCCUCACAGAUGAAAUCAUCCCCGGCGUGUGCUACGACGAAUGCAACAGCGCAGCACUCGAAGCCCAACACGUCGGCAAAACAGACUCCCUCUGUGAUGGCCCCUCGCCGUUUAUGAAUCUGCUCAACCAAUGUCGCUCGUGCUGCGAUCGAUGGGGCAAGGAUGAUAACCUUACCUUUGAGGAAGGUGUCGUUCCGGAGUUUCAGCAGUUUUUGGGAUUCUGUCAGGGGCGGCAUCAUGAGGGGCCCACUGCGCAGCCGAUCACUACGCGGAGUUCAACGGGGACUGCGACUGGGACGAGGCCGACGACGAGGACUUCGGCGGGGCAGUCCACUAGUUCUAGUCAAAGCUCGGCUACGGCGACGGCGACGGCAACUACGUCGGCGGGUGAUGAUGAGCCAACGGGUUCCUCAACAACGGUUACCGCGACGUCUACCUCGACAUCGUCUCCGACAUCAACCGAUGAUGACAACUCGGCCUCGACUACAACAACAAGCACAGAGACAGAUAGCGCGUCCGAAACAGAGACGGAACCACCUUCGACGACCUCUGGCGGUGAUGACGACGAGUCCGAAACGUCGACGGAUUCUGCAUUGCCUACGGGUACCUCGGGCUCAGACUCAGACUCCUCGACGACGUCUUCAUCCGGGGACGAUGACUCCACCGAGCCCACAGGAAGCCCUACUAGCACAACUUCUUCAGGAACCGGAUCUGGCUCCGGCUCCGACUCCGAUGAUUCGUCGACAUCCGGCCCGUCGCAGCCCGAAUUCACCGGCGCAGCGUCGUCGCUAACCCGGACCGCGCCGCUGCACUACGGACUCAUACCUGUUUUGCUCGCAUUCAUUCUCUAG